AUGAGCUCGCAAAGGUCCCUCUCCCGCACACCGGAGUCCCACAGCGGGUUGGCCUCCUUUUCUCAGUUCCAGGUAAUCGCUCUGGCAGACGCGAUCGAGGAGAACCAAGACAGCCUGUUCCAGUCAUUCACCAGGCUGAACAGCGCCUCCCGUUUGAUGGUCCUGCUGAUCGGGCUGUGGCAGAAGCUCAGUGCGGACCAGGUUGUGAUUCUGGAGGCGGCAUUUCUGCCGCUGCAGCGGGACACUCAAGAGUUGGGCUGGGAAGAGACAGUGGAUGCCGCUGUCUCCCACCUCCUGAGGACCUGCCUGUCAAAGAGUUCAAAGGAGCAGGCUUUGAACCUCAGCAGCCAUUUGACCAAACCCAACGACACGAGCCGACUGAAGAAGCACAUCACCUUGCUUUGCGACAGAUUGGCCAAAGGCGGGCGUCUCUGCCUGAGCACGGAUGCGGCCACGCCGCCGACCAUGGUCAUGCCAGGUGGCUGCGCUCCGAUCCCGGAGUCAGACCUCGAGGAAAGGGCAGUAGAACCGGACUCCGCCGAGCUGUUUACCAGCCACCGGCACCUCGUGGCGGAGGCCCCCAUGCCUGAAGUUUCAGCCCUCCAGGGAACCUCGGAGUAGUUCAAGUAGAGGUGUCCGCUGAGGGGAAGAUGAGUCUCCCAGGGCCGAUCCCGUGCGGACCUCCCGCCAGGCACAGAUGUAGGGCCGGUCUGGGCACUUUGCCUCGCUCGCCUGCCUAGAGAAGACGUGACGUCGAGAUGGGGACUGGGACUCUUUACUUUGCUGGGAGGACUUGUGGUAUCACCAGCAAGUCAGCUGAGACUUGUCUCACCAGGAAAGGAUGUUGCUGCUUUGUGGUCACCAUGUGUUCGCAGCCUGAGAUGGCACCUUGCAGGGACAGACUUUAUAAUGCAGGGACCUAGAUCCAAAA